AUGCUCAAUUCAAAAGGAAGUAACAGUGGGUUAGCUAGUGAGCAUAUUGUUGACUCUAACAGGAGAGGCAGUUCGUUUGGGGCUGAUGAAUUAUUCAUGGACAGAAAACUAUAUUUCAGACAAGCGACUACAGAGGAGCAAGUUGCUACAGUAAAGCUGCAGAAACAAUGGAAAGGAUAUUGGGUCAGGAAAAUAAGGGCUGCUAGAACUCCUGGUUCAGAUGAAAAUCAAAAGGUAUUACAGAACCUACAGAAAUGUUGGGCCAUCAUAGAACAAAACUUGGAUCCAAGCAACCCUGACCAUCCAGGACUAUUCCUAUUUAGGCAAAUGUUUAAAUUGGAUCCAGACCUGAUGGUAAAGUAUCCAUUUUACAAGGACGAGUGGAACAAGAUAUCAUACAACGAUUACAAGGGACAGUACCCUGACCAACCUCCAAACAACUGGUUUGUUGUCUUUAGAGAGGUUUUCCAUGUGAUGGAGGAGAUGUUAGCGGUGCCCAAGUUAUAUGUGCCAAUUAGCACAUGCAUGCUGCGAGUGAUAAACAAUGAUACAGGAGAGGAAAUACCCAGGGUCUUUCAGAAAGUUGCACCUUAUGUGUACAAGAAAAACAGAAAAGGUUACACAUUUGUUGCUGAAGCACGAACAACAGAUCAGCCCUUACAGACUGGUACCUGGCGUAUGAGAAUGAUUGGUUCCCUGUCACCACUUCCUGCACCACUACGAGGGGAAGUAAACAGCAGCUUUGCUGUGAAGGAAAUCAAGGAUUACUAUCUGCCAAACAGCAAAAAUGUCAUCUUUAGGUAUGCAGUUAAGGUGACUGAGGACCACCUGACCAGUAUACAGAUGAACACGUCAAAGUCUGAUGUGCACAUUAAACUUGUCGUGCUGAAUAAUGAGGAAGAAGUGGCCAGCACCCUCGGAAAAGGUCACGCUGUGAUCCCUGCCUUCACAUUUCUCAAGGACAUUAACCCGGAUGAGGAACCUAAGAGGUCAACUUCCAGGACAUUACAUGGUUCCGAUCAUUCAAACAAGGGUGAAAGUAAAACCAAAAAGGGAGGGAAGAGAGGAGGUUCAGGCAAGAGCAAUGAUGGGAGAGGAUCGACUCCUACGCCCACUGCGCGUAGUCCGAGGACACCACCCGCCAGUGGUAGAAGCCCAAGGAGAAGCAGUCAGGUUGAUCACCAUUCAGAUGGCGGACUAAGUGAUGGGGACCUGGAAGAGAGAGACCUCAGGCCUCACAAGUAUAUUAUAGAAGCUCAGGUCUUGAAGGAUAGUUGGCCAUUGUCUGAAGCCAGUUGGGCAUUUGUACAGAUGCUGAAAGAAAUGGAGAAAAAUGAACUCAAAGUGGCAUUCAAAGAGAAAACUGCCGAGGAGCCAGCAAAGACUGAGAAAGCUCCCGCUGCUGCUGAUAAAGGUGCCAAGGGAGGUAAGGGUGGAAAAGGCGGUAAAGACAAGGGCAAGGACAAGGAUGGCAAGGGGUCACGACCUCCAUCACAGCAGUUUGACCUUGGAAAACCUCAUUGGUCUCUCAGAGUUGUCAGCGAUGCUAAUGCUGUGGAGGAAAUUGAGAUUAAGAAAGAUACAGAGAGAGCUGAUGAGAUUCGAGCCCUGAAGAAAGCUUGGGAAGAUGCUGAACCUGGUAGAGCUGCUAAGGCGAUGCAGUCACGGUUGAAGUACCUGUCUACACACACGAUCAAGUUGAAGGAUGAUGAAGAAGAGACAGAGAAGGUUGAGGGUGAGGGAGCUGACCAGCCUGGAUAUGUACCUCCUCAGACCCCAGGGUCCCUUCUUGGUGAUGAUGAUGGAAAUCUUACACUUGAGCCACCUCCACCUCCUACACCUAAAGAAAUGUUGCAACCAGUAGAUAUAACUCCAUUCCUAAGACAUACGACAGACACGCCACGGUACCUGGAUGAGGAGGAAAUGCAGCGUAGGUUCCAGGAGCAGCAGAAACAGAUUGCAGAGUACAAGGCAUUCCGACAACAGGUGGAGGAUUGGAGAAAGAAAGAUAAAGAAUUACGCAAUAUGACCAAGGAAAAACAAUUACAGGAAUGUGAAGAAUUACAGGCCAUGCUUGAUGCAGCUAGGGAAUCUGUAAACAAACCUAGAGAAGCAUUUAGACAGACGUAUCUGGAAGCUGAACGUAAGAAACUUGAAGAACUUGAAGCAAAAGAGGCAGCGCAGAAGGCGGAUGCAGAGGCGAAAUCCCCAAAGGGCAAGAAAGGCAGUGCUAAGGGCAAAAAGAGUCCCUCAGCUAAAAAGAAGAAAUAACCAAUAAACUUUUAGUUUACUUUUUUGAUUAAAUUUGAUUCUAAUCUGUGAUAAAUUAUUAAAGUAAUAAAUGGAUUAUUUUAAAGCGAGUUGUGUAAAUAAUAAAUAUAUAUUUAUUGUUGAAAUUAUUUUUUAUUGUGUUGUUAGUGUUUAUCGAAAUAUUCAUGUUAAUUGUGUUUUGGAAUAAUCAGUACUAUAUGCGAAUGUAGGCAUGUUGUUUUAGGAAAUUUCUGCAAGAGGAUAUAAAGAUAAGUGUAUAUUUAUACUGUGAUGCUGAAGUCUGUGAUAACAAAAUAUAUAUGUGUGACAUGAUGGGACAUAAAAAAAAAAUUCACUGUUUAUUUGCUUAUGAUAUACUGAACACACAAUUAUAUAUAAUGUCAGAAAAAUUACAAAGAGGUGACAUUGUGAUUUCAUUGUUAAUAUGUAUGUGUAUUACCUAUACUAUUUUAAUUAGAUGGGCAUCUGACUGCCCAAUGUCAUGUGUCUUAGCUGCCUUGAAGAUAUUUCUGAAUUAGAGGUAAAGGUCUCAAAAUCUAUGCCUCUGAUAGGUUGUUUGAAAUUGACCCAUGAUAGUGUGACAUUCAGAAAUUGAUCCUAGAAUUUGCACUUGAAUGCGUUAUUGAUUUAAUGUUGUUUUUGAGAAAUCAAACUCCGUCCUAAUAUUGCUUCAUGAACAAACCUGAACUGCUUCCGUCCUGGAUAGAAAAUGACAGUUGCUUUUCCUCUUUGUUCUCUUCUGUUUGAGGAAAGAAUGAAAUAAAUAUUAUUUUCAUUUGGAGACAAAAGACAACUAAAAAGAUUGUCAGUUUCUUUCCUAUCACCUCAAGUGGCCCUAGAAAUGGUCCGUCCCAAACUGUAACAUAUCAUUGGUGUUGUGCUGCAGCUCGAAUCUUUUUGAAUCUUUUCUGUGUUGUUGCGAUAUUGUGGAUUUAAAUAAUAUACCUAUAAGAGUUGGCCUUUAUAUUAGAAUACACUUUAAGUCCUUGGAUAUUGAUUCAGUCAUACUGUUCUAGAUGAAUGUAGGGAGCACAGUUGCAUAUUUAGACAGUGCAGCUAUUCUCUCUUUGUGCAUUUACAAGAAGACAGUUAAAAUAAGACAAUACGUUGCAAACACCUGUUCAUUCUGUUUUCAUUAGAUUGCAGAUUUUGAUGUUGAUUUCUUAUGCUAUAAUAAAUGUAUAUUGAAAUGCAAAAUAAAAAACAGAGAAAUAUC